AUUGAAGAUGGAUUCCAGAUCGUCGUAAUCCAUUUUUCAUCAGCGAAUAUCUAUUUUAGAGCAACCUUGGUGAUUUAUGACGACGGAAUUGAAAAUAAGUUUAAUUUCAAUCGUGUCAACGUCACGAUUCGGCGGAUUAGAGUUUAACUGGCAACACGUGGGACGUUUUUAUCGUUCUUGGCUUUUAUGCGGGUGGAAGGUAGCGUUCGUGCGAUUAUAGCGUCGCGCGUAUCGCACGUAGGAACGAAAUCUAAGCGCGACUAUUAUCAUGCGUGCGCUCGUCGGUGCCUUACAGUUGCGUGAUCGACGUGUACGCGCGCGGUAGUGCGAUCGGCAUUCGAAACGUCAACCAGUAGCGCUCGCGUGUUACAACAUGCGUCUUGAAUUUCGCAAGAGAGUAGUAUUAAUAUCAAACGGUUAAUGCCAACAAAUCUAAAUCUGCAGAAAAAUUCCAGAGCCCUGAGGCAAAAUUGUCGUCUUCGGUUUCGCGCGCGGAAAGAUAGACUGCGUCUCGGACAAACGGUUGUCGAUAAUAACCAUUUGAUACUGAUAAGAAAGCGUUGACGUCAAAAUGCGUUAUCGCCGUUCACGGUGGCUCGGUGAAAAGGUUGUAGAAAGCAAAGGAGAAAGCGGGACGCAGCGUCAAGUCGCGCUGUUUUUGCGAACACGGGUGUAAAAAUAAGACACCGCCGAGGCGCGGGCAUCAUACCGCACAUUGUAUCACGUGGAUCCUAAAAUACGCUAUCAGCUGAUGCGAUGAGGAAUCUGAGAUCGCUCUCAUCACCGAGUUCCUGCAAUUUCGCGCAUGCAACUGCGUCGCACGAUUCUAUUGAUCCGUGAGCCACCGGGACGAGCUUCCGUUGAGAAAUUCGGCUCACGACAGAUCUCGAGGAGGAUCGUAAUCGAUUACGAUCUUCCGGUCGCCGUCGGUCUGCGCUUUGAUACGGAUCGCGGCGCGCUCGCGCUCGCGGUUUAUAAAUACCCCGUGUCACGGAAUAUGGAGCGCGGUCUACAGCGUUUGACGUAAUUCCGACACGCCGCCAAGCAGGUGCGCUUGCCGGGAGGCAGAAAAAAAGUCGGUGCACGCGGAUAAACUCAUUUACGAUGUUGCGGUGUCAACAGUGCGCGCCGCGACGCGCGUUUCAGCUGUGCGAUCGAAGUGGAAGCGCGCAGACGCGUUCACCAGCUCGCGAACGUUAAAUAUAUACAUAUACAUAUUUUUUUUUGUCCAAGUCUUUUUGCUUUAUUUGACUUUUGCGAAGCGUCCGCCGCAGAUACUUCUCGGAAAGCUCGGCGUAGCGAUGAUAUUGAUGACGGUCCGCGAGAUUUCUUGAGUAAAUCAGAAGCUUACAUGGUGGAGAGGAUCUUGAGAGGAUCAGAGGAAAUCAGAUUCGAAUCGGAGAGCUUACUCGGGAUACUUGCGGAAUAGUAUUUGCUUAGAGUCUCAGAAAGAUUAUCAUGAAGAAGAAGGUUUCUCCUAUUAUUACUCAAUACGCGUAAUAUUCUCCGCGAUUCGAUUCGACCGCGCAAAAUAAAGAAAAUUCUUUAGCAUUCUGAGUAAAUGAAAGGAUCUGACACUUGAAAAAAUCCCGGAGAACGACUCGUAGACGUCUUUACGACGUCUCUCCGGCGCGGGUUUGAUCAGCUUGAACUCAUUACAUUAGCCGAAUCAUUGGAGCAUCGGAGCAUUGUAAAUCCUCCGCGAAUCAACUCGUGGCUUGGCGCAUCCGGCGUGCUCAUUCGCGACAAAGACGGAUAAAAAGGAGACAUUCGACGAGAGAAGAGGAGGAACGCGAUGGGCAACGCAGGCGUGAAAGUCGACGGCUUCUUCAACACGCAUGCCUGACACCCGCUGACGCCGCCGUGUUCGGCGUUGCCGUCGUCGUCGUCGUCAGCGUCGCGCCUUCGUAUCGACGAGUCGUGCGAGUUGCUCGCUCGCGAGAGCCAGCCAGUCAGUGGCCCACGACUACCGGAAACGAGCUCCCCCCGCGUCCCGACGACGAGGAUGCGCAGGGGUGGUGGCGGACAACGACGUGGUGGGACAUCAGCAGCGGCGAAACCGGAGGCGCGGUCGAGACGCGUCGGAUCACCUCGCUGGCGUCACUCGCGAGGGCAGAGGUCUGCGUGACCCGAUCCACCACGUGUCACACACAUACGUAUACAUACGUUCUCUCUCUUUCCCUCCGACGUCGCCACCCGACGUCGUCGUGCUUGGCGACGCGCCCGUUGCGUUGCGUGGCGACCACCUGCUCUGACGGUGCUCGACGUCGCGCGAACGUCGCGACGGUGUCUGGGAAUAAUUAAAGCUGUGACGGAAGAAAGAAAAAUUGCAGCGGGGCGAAAACCGAAUUACUCGCGGCGAGGAAGCGCGAGAUCGAGUAAUCGGCACCGAAGGGUCUCAACGGUGCCUUCUGGAAGAAGAGCGGUUGGAAGUCGUGCUUCUACGACACGCGAGCGUGAAUACAUCGAUAUUUAUUAAAUCGCCGAGGAAGCUCGGAAAAAGUCUCGCGAGGAAAACUCGACGGAGCGCAGGCGACGCUGUUCGAUCGCGUCUGAAAGAAGUGUACGCGGAAAUUUCGCUGUGAGGGAAGAGCGUCGGAGUCGCCUUCGCCGCGAUUCUCAUUUGGCUCGUUGUUGUCCCGCGAUAACGAAAGAGAAAAGAAACACGCGCGGUUGCGGCGUGUUGAGAACGGCGCGUGCAACGGGAGAAUAUCGCGCGGCGCGUUUCCGCGAUCACGCGCGGGGCGAGCGGACGUGAUUUAUUUCGGCACCACGCGGCAAUUUCGGAGAGGGGCCGCAGGAGAGCGAGAGAGGAAGCGGCGCGCUCGCUUGCAAAGGGGGAGGGGAUGGACGGCACUCGCGCCGCGAGAAAAAGAGAGGCCGCGGGAUAGAACGAGAGUAAAGCGCGACGCUUGCGUCAGUGGUGCACGCCGCGAGGAAACGGCCGCGUUGCGAGUUGCGGGUCGCUCUGAAUCCGCGACCGCGCAUUAAAACCCGAGAGGACAGCGUCGCGCAGAAUAAAGACGAAGACUCGCGGAAAUUGCGGAUGGAAUUCCACCGCGGACAGAGGUGCGUGCGCGGAUAGGUGUGUUCGCGCGUGUAUAUGUGUAAUGUAUACGUGUGCUCUAACGGGACGGAGUAAAAGUACGCGCUCUGAUUUCGAAGGCGCGCACUCCGAGCGAACGUAGGAGAGUCGGCUGGAAAUUGUACUCUGGGGACUGGUUAGGUUGUUAAAGCCGAUUGUGAUGCCGCUGCUUUCGUUUUCGACGCGGCGGCACGUCGUUUAGAGAUCCGCGAGACAAGCUUCGAGGAGGAGUUGUUCCGAAUUUCAUUCAUCUUGUGGUAAAAUAGAAUAAUACUCCGCGAUAUCGUUGCAAAAUUCAACUUGGAACUAUUGUUUCCGAUUUCUGCUAUAAAAAUUAAUCGACUUUUCGAGAUUUGAUUUGUGAUAUCGUUUGUGACAUUCGAGCACUAGAAAUUCAUAAAGUAAACAAGGGAUUCUACGGAACUUGCAGUUUCAUUCAUGAUGCACAAGGAAUGAAAUUAAAUAAUGAAGAUUGAAGGCGAGAUGGUUGAAUAAAGCAAGAUUCGAUGAAAUUCGAAUUGCCGCACGUUCGCGAAAUUACCGAAGAGGAUUUGCGGCGGCGGCGGCGGCGGCGGCGGCGGCAGAUUUCGCAGGAGGAUUCACCAAGGAGACGGGCGGCGAAUUUACUCUACAAUACAUACAGUGGAAUAAUCCACGCGGCGCAGCUGUAAAGACGAAGAAAUUGGCGGCGAUAAGCGUCGCUGGGUACUAUCUAAUCGCGGAAUCGCUCGCCCGCGUCGUGUACACAGCGCGCGAUCGCGUUUUAAUCGGCGUCGCGCGGCUUAGCGCGCCGUAAUCUGUCGACGUCGUGCGAAAGGCGUGUUACUGUGUGACUUGAUCGAGCGAAAUCUUAUGCAAGCUUUCCCCGACCUUCUCUAUUGGAUCGAGCGACGAUAUAACGAUGAUGUAACGUCGUGCUUCCAUAUCGCGCGAAGCGGAGGAUCGGAAACAAAUUGGCAAUUGUACGAACGACGAUUCCGCAUAGACUGCAAUUGUUACGAGUUUACCUCAGCGACGCACAAUCAGCAACGGGAAGAAGGAGAGCGAAGCAAUCCGGAGACUGUAUCACCGCGUCAUCCCGACACACCGUAUAUACAGAAAUUAUUCGGAGCGAUCGGUGAGGAAGGAGGGAACUUCUGGAAGCUUGCCGAUUCAUACAAGUGGAUCGAGCGGAGUCCCGAAGUCAACGGGAGAUCGGGUGUCUUUAGAUUUGAGAUUCCGCCGAGUCGAUAUUAUCCGGUGUGCGCGGCGAGAAAACGACAGUCGCGAGUAAACGUCCGCGACGGGCGUGCGAUAAUUCCGCGCGAACUCGCGACUAGUCAUCGAUCGACCAGCGGACGCCGCGCGCCGCGACGCCCUCUUUUCCCCGCCGCGUCGUCCCCACCUGUCUCUGUCGUCUCCUCCGGUCGUGUGUGUCAGACAUUUACGUAUCACGUCGGAAACACGCCUGGCGCGCUCUCUCUUCGUCCCUUUCUUACUCUCACACAUUUCCCACUCUUUAUCUCUGCGUCUCUCUGUCACUCUCUCUCUCUUUCUCGCGCACUCUCUCUCUCUCUCUCUCUCUCUCUCUCUCUCUUUCUGUCUCGAUCAUCCACCUCCUCUGUGGAUCCUAUUUCUUCUUCGGCAUACAAGUCGCGUUUGCGACGUCGUAGUCCGCGUAUCGUCCUGUUGUCAAACGCCAGGCGAAGGGGUCGUUUAUCCUUCGCCUAUCGCAAGGUGGCAUUGACAUCGGCUCCGAUGUCGCAAGUCGUCAAAGAUGCGUCGCGGCGUGUUCCGGCGUGUGCGCAAAAAAUAACGAGUGACUGAGUUCGCUUGCGUGAGAAAGAAGA